UAGAGGGGCAGAAGUUCGUCCAAGCAAUCACACCAAUGGACAUGACCACAACUUUCAUUUGACUCUGAGCUCUUUCAUGAAGUCAAUCAAGGAACAACGAUGGAGAGAUUUCCGUCAAUCACAUUUCAAGCGGUGUUUAAUUCAUUUAUUUAUUCAUUGAUUUUCUUGGCUGGCCCGGGAAAUAUCGAUUUUACCCUCGCACAACAAACUCACCACUCUCGUUCUUCCGUCGGGAAUUCGACUGUCGCCAUCCCCAGUACUUCCCCGAUCAACGCAGCUACCACCCUGUUCGAAUGGGCGGCUGGCCCGUGGGGCGAUUGCGGGGGCAAAGAGAACACUAAUUUCUGUGGACAAUCUAGAGAUGUAUUUUGUGUUUAUAUCGGUGAAAUAAGAACUCAGGUGCCGUUUUAUUUCUGUGAUGGUAUUCCUCGACCGUUGAAAUACCGACAAUGUCUUCCUUGCCCCGAAAACUGUGUUGUUGGUCCAUGGGGUGUGUGGUCAGAUUGGAGUGGAACGUGCAAGCCGGCGAAUCGCUACCGGACCAGGACGGUGCUUCGUGCCCCGAGAUUCGGGGGAAAGGAGUGUGGUGAAUUGUCUCAAACUCAGCGGGAUGAGGAGCUGCCGGAUUGUCGAGUUGAGUUGACGAUGCCGGUUUUUAAAUGGAGGAUUGGGGAGUGGACGAGCUGCCGACAGCCUUCGAGCGCUGGUCCAAGUUCCUGUGCAGUGGGACAGAGAUACAGACAGGUUGAUUGCGUGGAUGACAUCGGGGAGACUGUAGAAGGAGAGAGAUGCUUACAGAAUGGUGAAUCAGAAGUUGAAAACAGUCUUCAAACGGUGAACUUUGAGCCGCCCAGACAGGAGAUCUGCACAGUCCCCUGCGAUUGCCUUGUAUCACUGUGGUCAGCAUGGCAAGAAUGCUCUGUGACCUGUCAUGACCCCAUCUCUCAAGAGGUCGGAGGUCACAGGAUGAGGACGCGUAGGGUUCUGAGGGCUGCUUCAAAUGGGGGGCUCCCAUGCCCCCCUCUGGCGGAUCAUCAGCCUUGCUUGAUUCAAAACAUGACAACAUGCCCCCAGUACGAAUGGUAUCUCCAGGACUGGCAGCAGUGCAGAGUAACCCAUAAUUCUAGUGCCACAUGUGGGGCUGGUAUCGAGACUAGGCAAGUCUUCUGCAUUGAUAGCGGGAGCGAUGUACUGACACCAGUAGCUGAUGAAUUCUGCUUCAAUUCUGAUUCCACAAGCAUCUUCAAACCUGUCGCCAAUCGGGCCUGCUACCUUGACUGCCCGGUGGACUGUGAAGUCGGCCACUGGUCACACUGGUCAUCCUGUACAAAGAGUUGCGGUGAGGGCGCCGUUCAGAUGCGCUACCGAGAAGUGCUGGUGGAGACGCUGUUUGACGGCCAGGAGUGCCCAUCGCUUGUUGAGCUGAGGGCAUGCGAAGCCAUUGAAUGUGCAUGGUGGCAUAUCGGUCGAUGGACGAAGUGCUUUCUGAACCGUGGCUAUGAUGACUGCGGACCGGGAACCCGCCACCGAGCGGUAUACUGCAUAAACGCCCUCAACAGACGCGUCGAUGCGUCGUUCUGCGCUGGCAAGACGAAGCCGGAUAGACAGGGAACCUGUCGCGUACCUUGCGCUGAAGACUGUGUGGUUAACGAGUGGUCAGAUUGGGGUGAUUGUUCGGUGUCCUGCGGGCCGAACGGUGGUGUAAGGAAAAGAAAUAGGAGAAUCGUAGCCUACCCAUUCAACAAAGAUUUGAACCCCUGCCUGCCGGAGGACGAAUUAACCCAAACCAAGCCAUGCAACCUCCACGUAUCGUGCCAUACGUACUCCUGGCAGGCCACUGCGUGGGGAGAAUGUCAAGUGAAUGCAACAGCCAUGUGUGGAGAAGGAGGUCCUGAAGAGGGAGGAUGCCUGAUGAACGGAACGGCCAGCUGCGGAGAAGGGAUCGGAUACCAGUCACGGAGCGUGGUCUGUGAGGAGGAAACAGGGUUUGUUGCGGAUCCCAGCCAAUGUGAUGUGUGGUCUGAGCCAGCAAGGUCCAGGCCUUGUGAUAAAGCCUGUCCUCAGGACUGUGAACUAAGCCCAUGGAGUACCUGGUCCUCCUGCAGUGCUUCAUGUGGUCUACAUGCCAUGAGGACCAGGACUAAGCAUGUCCUGACUCUACCGGUCAACGGAGGGCUACCAUGCCCCCAGGAGACAGAUGAAAAUGGUAUCAUUACCCAGUUCACACCAUGUAUUGACAUCGAACCUUGCUAUACUUUCCAAUGGGUCACUGGUGGCUGGUCAGUGUGUCAGGUCAUCGGGUCAAGCUGCGGGAGGGGUCUACAGACCAGGGAGGUCCACUGCGGCCGUAGCGACGGUCUGGUGGCUGAAGAUGGCAUGUGCCUUCAGGAUUUCAGGCAGCCCCCACCCACCCCUACCCAGCGAUGCUACGUACCCUGCGGUGGGGAUUGCCUGCUCUCGGAAUGGUCCGAGUUUGGUCCGUGCCAGAGCAAUUGUGGCACAGAAUCCCUCAGAAACUACUGUAGAAUGAGGACGAGGGACAUCGUUGGCGUCUCGAUGACUGAUAGCUUGAGUGAGCUAUGCCCUCACAUAGCAGACAGCGAUCUUCAUGAAUUCCUGUCGUGCGGCUUGCAAUCAUCCAUCUACUCCUGGACCUUUGGACCUUGGACAACCUGCCUGCUACCUGAAGGAAUGCAAUGUGGAGCUGGAAAGCAGAGUCGAGCAGCAAUCUGCAUCAGGAACGAUUACGUCCAGGUGGCUGACCUCUUCUGUCCGUCUCUCGACCCAUCCCAGACUGGACCCUUGCAAGAGCAUCCCUGUACCGUCCAGUGUUCCAUCGAUUGUGAGGUCACUCAAUGGUCAAAUUGGUCAUCAUGCUCACAGGCAUGUGGUCAAGGAGAGAGGACGCGAAUGAGAGAAAUCACAAUGAAUCCAGUCCAGGGAGGUAGGGCCUGCCCUCUAUUGACGGACACACAGAUGUGCUUCGAGAGAUCAUGUGACCUUAUAGAAUGGGAGAUUUCAGAGUGGGCGCCCUGUCUACCAACAGAUCUGAAGACUAAUUGUGGAGCAGGAACUCAGUCCAGAAGCAUUGGCUGUCCAGCAGGCGCUGGGAAUGAAAGCUUGUGUCAGGGGAGAACACCAAGGCCGCCUCUGACGCAGGCUUGUCAUUUACCUUGCCAAGGUGAAUGUGUUUUCAGUGAGUGGUCCGCAUUUACAAGCUGCAGUCAGCCGUGCACGAACGCCAAAAAAUCUCGGAGCAGGAUCGUGAUUCGUCCCGAUGCUGAGCUGCAGCCUUGCAUUCCAAUCAGGCAGACUGAAGCCUGUUCUCAGGCGGAUUGCUUAGCAUCGGUCUUCACGCUGGCUACGGGAGAAUGGAGCACAUGCAGGCCUAUCCAGGGAGAAUGUGGGAGAGGAACCAGAUUCCGGACGCUGAACUGCGUCAACGCUGCCAACAUCCCUGUGACCAUGGACCGCUGCCAACACGCAAACAUCACGACCCAUGAAACAUGCAUGGUUGAAUGUCCCAUAGAUUGUCAACUCGGGGCGUUUACCCCAUGGUCAUCUUGCAGCGCGACCUGUGGGACAGAUGGCAUCACGUUCAGGACUAGGAAGAUCGUCACCAGGUCCUCCGGGCACGGGCGAAGGUGCCAGGAUGCACAUAGCCUCAAUGAGACGAGACCUUGUAACAUCAAACCUUGCUUCACCUAUAAGUGGCACAAAGGAAACUGGAGCGGUUGCCAAUUUGAUACCAAGGCUGGUUGCGGAGUCGGACACGAGACGAGACUCGUUGAAUGCCAGCGCAGUGAUGGCCUUACUGUAGACUGGGAAUAUUGCUAUAUGAAUGCUAUGAACUAUGAUGUGGUCAACCCUCUUGGAUCUGCUUUCAACCGGUCUUCUCUGGAUCUAGCCACUUCUCGCAAGUGUACCACAUGGUGUCCAGGGGAUUGUUUGGUUUCAGAGUGGUCUCCGUACACAUCUUGUACUGCUAACUGCUUCAACUCAAGUAUCAGUGGUCAGAAGACGAGGAUGAGAGUUGUUACCAGUCCACCAGUGAUGGGAGGCAAGCCAUGUACCACCAAUCUCAUCAGUUCAAGACCUUGCCCAGCUGUAAGCGCUAAUUGCCCUGUGUUUAGAUGGACAGUAGGAAAGUGGGAUAAAGCAACACGAUCUAGAGACAUCUGGUGCGAGACUUUAGAUGCAAGCGGGAACAUCCUGAUUGUAGAAGGGGGUUGUGACGAGACCGUGAAACCACCAUCAUCUUUAGACUGUGUCCCUGACUGCACCUCUCUAGGAAGCUACUGUGAUAAUGGUGUCUGCAAGUGUUCUUCAGGAUUUCUUGGAAAUGGGAGAACCUGCUAUCCUUCUGUCGGGUGUAUAGUAGAUGACCAUUGCCCCUUCCCACACACAAUGUGCAGUAAAGAAAGAGAAUGCGUUUGUCAACCAGGAUAUUACUCAGUAGAUGGUAUGUUAAAGUGUGUGCCGGAAGACGUCAUAGUCACAACAUCAGGAGGGAUAGAAACCAACGACGCUGAUUCAAACACAAGCCUUUAUCAUGCGAAAAGAGGUACAUGGAAGUGGGUAGUUGGUGCUGUGUGUAUGGGUGUUAUCAUAUUAGCAGCUAUUCUGUGUGGAGUAUUAGUCUACAGGUUUUACCACACAGGGGAGGUCCACUUUGAGCCGAUACCAAACUCAACAAACUACAGGAGAUCAUUCCGGAGCAGCAUGAAGACAAGGAUGCUGGAAGAAACCGCAUGCUGACAGAGAUUCAGAAAUCCACAGGGUUAGAUUUGAAUGUCUGUUCAACACCAACGCUUAAAGGACCAGUCCACCCCAACAAAAAGUUAAAUGACUAACAAGAGAAAAGUCCAACUAGCAUAACACAGAAUAUUUCAUCAAAAUCGGAUGUAAAAUACAAAAGUUAUGGCAUUUUAAAAUUUCGCUUAAUUUCACAAAACAGUUAUAAGCACAUCCUGCUUGGUAUGCAAAUGAGGAGACUGAUGACAUCAUUCAGUGAAGAACGAAUCCAAGGUUUGCAGUUGAUAUCUUACUGACUUUGAAGUGCUAGUAAGGGACAGUAAAGGACAUGUUGCUAUCAAAUAUAAUAUCAAGGCUCCGUACACUUGACGCAGACAGAACGACUUUUAUCACCUACGUCGAGA